CGAAAAAAACAAAUCUUUAUUUCGCGGCGGCGACCGCCGUCCUCUGUUCUGCGUUCUACCUCAUCGGGAUCUUGCAACACGGCGGGGCAUCCAGUCGCCGUUUAUCCGCCGUCACGGUCCUCCCGUCGCCCAACUGCGACCUUCACACCAAGAACUCAAUCGGGAAGAGCGAUUCCUCCGGCGGCGCGUUUCUCGACUUCCACGCCCACCACGCGGCGGAAGACCUCGUCUUCCCGGUGGAGACGGCGGCGGAGGUGAAGUGGUUCCCGGCGUGCGGGGCGGAGCUGUCGGAGUACACGCCGUGCGAGGACACGGAGCGGUCGUUGUAAUUCGACAGGGACAUGCUGAUAUACAGAGAGAGGCACUGCCCGGAGAAGGGGGAGGCGUUGAAGUGCCGAAUUCCGGCGCCGUUCGGGUACCGGCUUCCGGUGCGGUGGCCGGAGAGCCGUGACUCGGUUUGGUACGCCAACGUGCCUCACAAGCACCUGACGGUCGAGAAGGCCGGGCAGAACUGGGUCCGGUUCAAGGGUGACCGGUUCACGUUUCCCGGCGGUGGGACCAUGUUCCCACGUGGAGCUGACUCGUACAUCGACGACAUCGGCCGGCUCGUCAACCUCAAAGACGGGUCUAUCCGGACCGCCAUUGACACCGGCUGUGGGGUUGCAAGUUGGGGGGCUUACUUGCUCUCAAGGGACAUACUGCCCUUAUCUUUUGCACCAAAGGACACACACGAAGCUCAAGUUCAGUUUGCCUUAGAGAGGGGCGUCCCGGCCACCAUUGGCCUCCUCGCUUCCAACCGCCUCCCCUAUCCUUCCCGCGCUUUCGACUUGGCCCAUUGCUCCCGUUGCCUCAUCCCUUGGGCCCAAUACGAUGGACUGUACUUGAUCGAAGUGGACCGGAUUUUACGGCCCGGAGGAUACUGGGUUCUCUCCGGGCCACCGAUCAACUGGCAGGCCCAGUGGAGGGGCUGGAACAGGACCAGGAAAGAUCUGAAGGAAGAACAAGAUGGGAUUGAGGGCCUUGCCAGAAGCCUGUGCUGGAAAAAGCUGGCCCAGAAAGGAGACCUUUCCAUUUGGCAGAAGCCCACUAACCACCUCCACUGCAAGGCCAACAGAAAGGUCUUCAAGAAACCCCUCUUCUGCCACGGAGGCCAAGAUCCUGACACCGCGUGGUAUACCAAGAUGGAAGCCUGCCUGAGUCCCCUGCCGGAAGUUUCUGGCAUUCGAGAAAUUGCCGGCGGGGCCCUCGUGAAAUGGCCCGAGAGGCUGACCGCAACGCCCCCGAGGAUCCGCUCCGGGAGCGUCGGCGGAGUGAGUGUGGAGGGAUUUCGGGACGACACGGCGUUGUGGGAGAAGAGAGUAUCGCAUUACAAGCGCGUGGAUUCGCGGCUGGCGGAGCGCGGAAGGUUCCGGAACGUCCUCGACAUGAACGCCGGGCUCGGAGGGUUCGCGGCUGCGCUCGUCGGCGACCCGGUUUGGGUCAUGAAUGUGGUCCCCGUCGAGGCCAAUGCCAGCACUCUCGGCGUGAUAUACGAGCGGGGUUUGAUCGGGACUUACCACAACUGGUGUGAAGCCAUGUCAACUUAUCCAAGAACCUAUGACUUCAUUCACGCGGAUGGCGUUUUUAGUCUUUACCAGGACAGAUGCGAGAUCGAAGAUAUUAUGCUGGAGAUGGAUCGGGUAUUGAGGGCGUUAGGGAGCGUGAUCAUCCGAGACGACGUGGACGUGAUGGGGAGCGUGAAGAGCAUCGCGGACGGGCUUCAAUGGGAGAACCGAAUGGCGGAUCACGAAGACGGUCCUCUGGUGAGGGAGAAGAUUCUGAUUGCAACCAAACUGUAUUGGACAACCCCUUCUUCUUCUUCUUCUUCUUCUUCUUCUUAUGACAAGAACCAAUAACAAGGGGGUCAUAUACAAGUUCAUAGUCUGGAUUUCUAUUGGGUUUAAUAUUUUUUUUGUUCAUAGUUUUUUUCUUUAAAUUAUUAUGUAUAAUUUUGUAUUGUUUCAUUUUCCAAAGAGGUUCAACUGCAUGCACAAACAGUUGUUUUCCUUUGUCAUUUUACAAGCAUGUUGCAAUUUUAUUCGUGAGAAUAAAAUGAUUAAAAUCUA